CAAUCACGGGGUCUUUGUGCCCUCCGUUCUCUGCCCCCGUCGCCGCGCCCCGUCCGCCUUCCGUCACGUCCACUCCCAACCUGUCUCACUCACCUCAGCUUGCCGCUGGCUACGAACUUCAGUCGUGACUAGGGGUCUGUCUGCUGCUUACUUACCUAUCAUUGCCCGCUGCUCUCAGUACAUACAUACAUACAGAAGGGCGGACACACAGAUGCGACUCCGCUUGCUGAGACUGAACAUGCACGUACGCGGGUGAGGGACCUCAACAUCACGCAUUCAGCACGUCCAUAACCGUCAGAGAGUCCUGUCUGCGAAGCAAUUCAAUGCUUCGAACGGGUCCCGGGUUCGCAUCCCACCUUCGACAAAUACACAUACACGUACCAUAUCCCUUUUCGUCUCGUCUCUAAGCCAGUUCUCGUCAGGCUCGCCAUACCUGGCUUCCGACCUUCUGUCAUACAGCCCAGACUCUGCCGCCUUUGCGCUUCAACAAGUCCCAGGGGUCAUAUUCACUCUUCGUCGCCCUGCAUGGGCCGCAUGAACGUCCGCCGUACGGGGUAGACCUUGGACACCCUUCCACCACCACCACCACCACCACGACGGCGAGCUCUCUCUCUCUCUCUAUUUUCUCGAGACUGAGACGUGGCACACUUGCUGCUGUCACUCUACUACUCUACCUAGGCUACUACACCUAGGCCCGCACGCUGCCCCCAGUCCUGCCUUCUUUGGACGUUACUUCGCCUCUGCGAUCUCACCUCACCUCAACUCACCUUACCGUACCUACCUCGCCUUACCUUACACGACGCCCGUUGGGGCUUUCUAACACGCCCCAUCCUCGCCAUUCAUCCUCUCGCUCCCCUCACUUAAACAUCCCUAACCCCCCGCUCUUCGGACGAGCCAACGAUCAAGGGAACCUCUUUCCUGGCACUAGCAUCCAGAAGCCCGGUGUUGUGCCUAAGCGCAGCCACCACCCCACCUCGGCCUCUAGGCGUCCACUUCGGUCUCUUGCUGCUCUGCCGCGGCGCGCAUCUAACGACGGCAAAAACCACCCACCAACCUCUUCCUACUACCAUCAAGCAGCACCGUUACGGUCUCUGCUGCCGCAACAACACUCCGCCACCCCGCCGAAUCACAAGACAGCCAGCGCGACUGGCCGAUACUUGACGACUACCUACCGCACCUCCUCCGCACGUCCUCUCCCAGCCCAGCCCAGCCCAGGCCAGGCAAGACGACGAGCUUCUUCUUCCUGUAAACUCGCUUCGCUUCUGAUAGACACGCUCCGUCCCGCCUACCAUGCUCCUCUAGUAUAUCGACUUUCCCAGAGGAAUGCGCCUGUUCACCUCCGAGUCGCCCGCAUUCAUUCUCUCCUCGCACUUCGAAGCCUCGUCGCCCUACCUCUCUCCCUACCAGACGCUGCACAUUCGACGAUUGUCGUCCAUUCGCCACAAGACGCACCCAUGCUCGCCAUACAUCGUCCCAGAAUGGGUUCGACGCAGCCGUCAGACCCGAAUCUGCCCUUCGGCUAUGCCGUUGAUCCCUCUCAAGACUUCUUCCUCGACCCUCCCGAACCCGCGCCUGGCGCACCUCUCCUCUCCGACAAUGAAACGAAACUCCUUAGCUCCUUUUUUGAGGACAUGACGGCAGACCACUAUAACAUGCCAUCAUUUGGCGAAGGCCUCAACUUCAGCGAUGCGUGGCUGGACCUACCACCCCAGUUCAUGGGGUCAACCACGUCUUACGGCCAUUCGCCAGCACCGCCAUCACUCGAAUCCCCCGGGCACGCAAUGCCCCAUGCCGACUUUUCAGACAUUAUGUCCAUGAGUUCGAAUCUGAUGCCGCCUCCUCCUCCUCCUCCGCCACAACAGCAGCAUCAUCACCGACACCAGCAACAGCAUCAACAACAGCACCAGCAACAGCACCAGCAGCAACACCAGCAGCAACACCAACCCCAGUCGCACCUGUCACUCGAACAGCAUGCUUCGGCCGACGUUCUUCAAGCUGCCAGCACGUUAUUACACAACGGGUCGUCGUCGAGAUCCAGCGCGAGUGGUUCUGGGCCGAUGUUUAGCAGUAACAGCAGAGAUGUGCCACACUCUCUCGGACCUCCCGUCGGUCAUCUCAGACACCAGCCAAUGGAGGAUUUCAAGCGUGCCGAGCGAGGCAGCGUAGCUCAGGCUGGUCUUGUCGAGGACCACGAGAGCACCUUCGCGGACAUGUUUUUUGGUCCCGCUCCCGGGGAGAGAGUUUCUGCCCAGCGCGCCAGUCAGGUCCCCAAUAUCGAUGUCCAGUGGGGCUCAGACGCCCGGUUCAACCGCACCAACAGCUUUGUCCCAGACCCCAAAGAAUCAUAUGACGCUCUAUCCAAGGUUCAGUUGAGAUACAUGGAGUGCCUCGAGCCAAGUCAAAGCACGGACAACACUCGCCCGUCGAGCCCCAACGGCGAGCACGCGUUGGGAAAGGGACACAGCAGGAAGUCAUCAGAGGUUCUGAAGAAGGAGGAAGACGCGGAUGCCCCGCCACGAAAGAGGAGGAAGAGCAGGAACACGAAGGAGGACGUUGACGGGGAAGAGGAGGAUAAUGGCACUACUACAAAGGCGGCGAGAAAACGGAAGACCAAGACCGAGGCUGCAUCCGCUACCCCGCCGGCAGAAAACGGCACGGCUAGCCGAAGACGCAAGUCGGGCACGGGAACCAAGCCGCCCCGCGAGAACCUUACGGAAGCCCAAAAGCGAGAGAACCAUAUCAAGAGCGAGCAAAAGCGUCGGACUUUGAUUAAGGAAGGCUUCGAUGACCUUUGCGAGCUCGUGCCAGGCCUGAAGGGAGGUGGGUUCAGCAAGAGCACCAUGCUGACCAUGGCGGCCGAAUGGCUUGAAGAUAUAAUGAAGGGCAACGAUGAGCUCAGGGCGCAAUAGGGCUCUCUCGGGGUUAGGUGAAGAACUACUAUAAUCCGCAACACUGCCACAAGUGGGCGCACGGUUUGGUGCGCUUCGAGACAGAGCCUGAAUACUGGUUAUCGGGUCUCGGCAUUGCAUCGUCGAAACGUGGUCGCUAGUUGAUGAGAUGAGAAGACCAAGACCAAGACCAGAGGAAGCUGGGAGAAUAGCAAGCUGGAUGAUGAUAAGAGUGCAUUAUGAGUGUCCCGGUCUUGCUGGGGGCCGUGUACGGGAGGCGACGAUGAUUUACAUGCGGGACCAGAUUUACCCAGAUUUACCCCGACUUGUCUCUUUCCAUUUUAGUAGGGAAGGCUCUUGUAGUUGAUACCCUUCACAUUUUCAUUUUCAAACAUCUGUGCUAUACCAAAGCACUUACUUCAUUUCCAACUCUCCAAUUAAUGAUUCAGAUAUCGAUGAUUAGGUAGUCGAGGAGAAUCUGUCAGUCCUCUUCACGGUCCCAUUCAACUGUUGGGCUGAUCUGCCAUCUCAACUUUCGCUCCCUGGCGACUGACACACAAGAAAUCUGCAAGGGUUGGUUGCGCCCAGGCAAGCUUUGGGUCCCUCGGAGUCAACAGCUGUGUUUUGACAUGUGAAAGCUCAGCUCGCGUGGUGCGGAUGCACCCCACAGGUUCCUCUUUUUUUUUUUUCCCCGACGUCGAUCACGUCUGCACUUCUGCGCGUGCUGUCACAUAGAUGAUAGUACAUACUCCCACCCUUCACCUUCACCUUUACUCAGAUUACGGCGGCGCUUGCCGAUGGCACAUUGUUUCACUCGAUCCCGUGCCUGUUCAAAUCGCGAUAUUUUCUCGGAGAUGAAUGCUGCAUGCCUGGGUGCUAGGGCGGUUCACCCUGUUCUACGGAUGUCCUAGUUGGUCGAUAUGCCGCUGCCUCCUCCCCACCCACCCUUGUCUCUCGUAAAAUGCGCAGCCAGUGCUUGUGAAGAUGAUGGAAUAAGAGGGAUGUGAGGGCUGGGGGGGUGGUAAGCUGGCGGCCGCCCCUCCAGAGAAGACUGCAUUC